AUGUUUAAACAAUCAAUUACCAUCUUUCAACAUGGAAAAUUAAACUCAAAUGUUUUAAAGAAUUUAAACAACUACAAUUUCAAAGUUAACUUGAGAGAUAAACCAGCAUAUAAAGAUUUCUCAAAUAUUUUUGACAGCUUUUUGAAUAUUCAUCCAGAUAAUUUUAGAAUCUUGAUUGAUUGUUAUCCAGAGAUUUUAUUCAAUGUUCCAAAAGAUAAGAGAUUAUCCAAGAUUUGUGUUCAAGAUUUGAAUUUAAUUAAUAACGAAAACUUUGAGAAAUUAAAGUUUAACGGACCUUUAAUAAUUGAUAACAAUAAUCAUUUAUUAGCAAAUGAUAUCAACUCAAUUGAAAGAGUUUUACACAAUUACGAAUAUAAUUUGAAUUACGAAAUUGGCAAUUCAAAAAUUUUAAAUGCUUUGCCAGUCCAUCCUCAUGCUGCAGAAUUUGCAGAUUUAUUCUGA